AUGGUCCAGAUAGAGGAAAAUGAUAAUGCAGCCAAUCUGGGAAGUGGUAAUGCAAUAUAUGAAGACCAAUUACUUGGGGACCAGAAUUUUGACAAUGUUUGUGUCAAUGUCAGUAUCAUGACUGACGACGAGGAAGAUGAAGAAGGGUGUAGAAGACCCAAUUGUGGUGAAGACAUACUAGAGAGUGAGGACAAUUCUGAAAAAGGAGAUGAGGAGGAGGAUGAUGAUGAGAGUAAUAAGAGUGAGGGUGAUGAGCAUGGGGGUAAUUAUGGCAGUGUAUACUAUGACAGUGAUGAGCUUAGGAGUUGCUAUAGUGAGAAUGAGAAAGAAGAUGGAGAUGCCCCUACAAGAAAACCUACACAUUUAGAGAAGGUAAGAUGUGAUCCUGAUACUGUCAUUCAUGUCUUCAGUGUUGGCAUGAUAUUUAGGGAUAGGGAGGAAUGCAGACAUGCCUUAGCAAAGUAUGCUAUCAUGAAGAAGCUGCAUGUGCACUUUGUGAAGAAUCACACAAGAAGGGUUAGAGCUAAGUGUUAUACAGGCUGUCCAUGGGUAUUUUUGGCAAAUGCUUCAUCACAAAUGUUAAUCAAAUGGCAACAAGCAAGUUUCUGGAAGCUCACCUACAGAAUGGGGCAGCCUUACAUCAAAUUGAUAGAUUUGCAGGCUAUAUGUAGAACAGAAUUGCACUUAAAGGUGAGUUUGACCUUGUGCAAGAAUGUGAAGACUAAACUGCAUGAUGAUAUAAUAGCAGUGACCAAAGAGGAGUAUAGGCGCCUGUAUGACUAUGAAGAGGAGAUUAUGGUCAGUAACCGAGGGAGUUCGUGUUUUGUCACGAGUACAAGGGAAGGAGAGGUGAACCGUUUUAAUAGGAUCAGAAUUAUAGAUAUGGAUGGGUGCUUCCUUAAGAGAUUAUGUAAAGGACAACUGCUAUGUGCUAUUGGACGUGAUGGGAACAAUCAAAUGUUCCCAAUAGCAUGGGCAGUUGUCCAAGUGGAAAAUAGAGAUAACUUGGCUUGGUUGCUAAGGUGUUUGAAACGUGAUCUGCCUCUAGAGCAAGGAGAUGGAUAUGUGAUCAUUAGUGACAUGCAAAAGGAUCUGGAAAGUGCUAUGAAGGAAUACUUGCCAGAGGUUGAGCAUAGAAGAUGUGCAAGACAUGUUUAUGCUAACUUGGCAAAGCAGUGGAAAGGAGAGGACAGAAAAAUUGGAUUUUGGACAUGUGCAAAAUCUACAUUUAAGCAGCAACUUGCAGAGAGUUUUAAGAAGCUGGAGUUAUUGGGAGGAGGCAUGGUAAGCCAUGUCCUUGAGUAUGAUGUGGAGACAUUCUGCAAGGUCUAUUUCAAGACUUCCACCAAGUGUGAUGUUAUUGACAAUAAUCUGGCUGAAACAUUCAAUGGACGGAUCCUCGAUGCUAGGUCCUUACCUAUCAUAAGUAUGCUUGAGGCAAUUAGGGUCCAGGUCAUGACUAGGCUACAUUUGAAGAGGGAUGCAUGUGAGACUUGGAUAAAUGACAUUGCUCCAAGAGCAAUGACAAAACUGGAAAAGAACAUCUCCAAGUCAUGCAAUUGGAAAUUGACAUUCAAUGGGAACACAGAAUAUGAGAAACCCAAUAUCUAUAAUGUAGAUAGGCAUGUUGUGAACACUGCCUUAAGAACAUGUAGUUGUAGAGAGUGGGACCUCAUUGGUUUACCUUGCCAGCAUUCCAUACCAGCAAUUCACAGUGCCAAAGGGAAGCCUGAGCAUUAUGUCCAUGAAUGGUAUAAAGUAGACAAGUACAAAGUUGCAUACCAGUUCAUGUUGAGACGAAUGAGAGCACCGCAACAUAGGAGAAUGCCAGGGCGACCUAAAAAGGCUAGGAAACGCGACAUACAUGAAACAAAGAAGACUCUAGUAAGUGAGACUGGAAAGCUAUCUAGACAAGGAAGAGUGAUGAGAUGUAAGACUUGUGGUCAACCAGGUCAUAAUAUCAGGGGAUGUCCUAAUAGGGACCCUACCCUUCCAGCUAAACAAGCAAGACCAAGGAAAAAAGGAGAUAAAGCAUCAACAUCAGAACCUCCUAGACCAUCAGCUGACUUGAUUGCCCAUUUUGGUGGUAAAAGAAAGAGGCAUAGACAAAGAGCAUCUGCAGAAUUACAAGCACAAUUUGGAUAA